AUCAAAGUAGGUGAGACUAUAGUUCAAGCUACCUCCUGCCUAAAGGACUCUCUUCCAGCUCUGAUUCAACGUUUUAAAGCUUUUGAUGUGAAUUCCUCUCGUGCUUUAAGCGCAAGUACGACGUUGUCUUGCAUAACUCACGUUUAAUCCAAUCGACGCAAAAGUGUUGCUUUGCGAAAGCAAAAAAAGGCAACUGAUUUGUUAUCAAUUAUCAUCAUCUUCUGAUCAGCAAUUUUCAGAUUUCUGACUUUUAGAAGUAAAGUGGGAUCAGUAAUUGAAACAACUUUAUAACAACGUAUCCAACUUAUGCAGGUUCCAGCCGACUUCUGAAGAUACAAGAAAGAAAACCGACAAGGAAUUAACGAAAGAUUAUCAGGUCGAGAGAACACAGUAAUCAUUGUACAUUAUUUCUGUACUUCAUGUACAAACGUAACAAACUAAACAAGAGUGACUAUGAAUUUUACAUCGAGCACAACAAACAAUAGAACGAGUACACAUCUUGAGAUCAUCAUAACUCCACUUGGUAGAGUUUUAAUGGUCAGUGUUCUCGCCAUUACAACAUUUGCUGUCUUUGUGGGGAACGUUCUUGUUCUUGCYGUUCUCCGCAAGCAGAAAAAGACACCAAAUCAGAGUGUUAUAACAAUGUUCAUUGCAAAUUUAUCGUUGAUAGAUUUGUUGGUGUCGUUGUUUGUCCUUCCUCUAUCUAUGACUACGUAUCUAUACGGACGAUGGCCGUUUGGUAAGGAAUUCUGCGAUGUAAAUGGUUUCACAACGAUGGUCAUCGGCUUGUCGGGUAUACUAACCAUGACAGCCAUUGCCGUUGACAGAUAUCGGAUUAUCGUUCUACCUGUUGACCGGAGACUGAAAACACAUCAGGCAUGGGCAAUACUCGCCUUUAUUUGGAUAUGGUCCUUUGUCCAAGCCACCCCUCCCCUGCUGGGAUGGAAUAAGUACUCAUUUGGUCAAAGCAGCGCACUUUGUCGCGCCUCGUUCAUGCUGCAAGAUGGCUACAUCGAAACUCUAUCRGUUAUUAGCUACAUUAUACCUCUUGUCGUUAUUAUCUACUGUUAUGUUCGAGUAUAUCUGAAAGUGAGGCAAAGUAGACGUAAGGUUGAGAUGUGGUCGCAGUUUACAAAUAAUGUUUGGCUGAGGGCCGAGGCUCGUACUGCUAAGAUCGUCUUUACUGUACUCUUCGUGUUUAUUAUCAGCUGGACGCCGUUUGUCAUAGUUUACUCUAUCAAUGGAGUCGGUAACACCAUCGUACCUUUAGCAGCAUUUCGAGUUACUGGAUGGCUGGCCUCUUCCCAUUCUGCUUUAAAUCCUUUGAUAUACCUAACGAUGAAUGAACGAUUUAGAAACGAUUUGAGAAAACUACUGAAAAUUCGUGAAAAGAACAGCCAUCUGAAUAAAGGAAUGGCUGUUAUCAUAUACGGGAACAGAAAGCUGGUCAAUGGUCAGCGGCGAAUCAAAGAKGAUGGUUAACAGCUUGACGAUUGAAAUCCUAGUCACGUGAUCAACCAUUUUGAAGAGCACUUCAGUUGAUGGUAGAAAUCAUUGAGCAUGUCUAGAAAUUGUAACAGGAGAGUUGUCAUGGAAUACACAAGCCGAUCACGGAGUAAUAAAUAAUAAAGAGAAUUCAGAAUAGAUAUCACAAUAAGACGGAAUAAGAUCCCAAAUGAUGGGCUGUAAAUGAUCGAUCAUUAGCUCAUGCAGCAAGUUACCCAGCAUUUUGGUGAAAAAUUUGGACUUCCUGUGUGAAAAGUUUGACUGCGCGCGAGUGMUAUAAUAAUGAGG